AUGAGCAGCGAACGCUCGGUUGUCCCAUUAGAAUCAAAUCCAGAUAUUUUCACGGAGUUUGCCCAUGAUUUAGGACUGAAUGAAAACUAUUCCUUCAUUGAUGUAUAUUCAUUGACAGACCGCGAUCUUCUUGGGUUUGUUCCCAGGCCCGUCAAAGCUCUGAUACUUCUUUUCCCGUUGAAUGCAUUUUUCGAGGACUCCAAGAAUAAAACACCUGCUAACAAAGGUGACAGCGAAGAUAAUCGCGGUGAGGCGACAACAAAUGACCAACCGGUUUGGUUUAAACAAACCAUAAGAAAUGCUUGUGGACUUUACGGUUUGUUGCACUCGCUAUGCAAUAAUGCGGAUCUAUUAAGUAAACAGUCAAAACUUCUGGAGUUUUUAAAAGCGGAACCAAGGGAAGACAAUAAGUAUUGCGAUUCUUUGACGGAUGAUUUUGUCGUAAAACUCAGCGAAAAGCACUCAGAUAAAUUCAGUUUGGGUCAAACAGUUGCUCCAGAUGCGGUGGAUGAUGUCAACCUUCAUUUUAUCACAUUUGUUCGAAAGGAAGGAGAAGUUUAUGAAUUAGACGGAAGGAGAGCAGAUGGUGCCCAUCUAAUAAGUUCAAGAACAGAUCCAGCUACCGACCUCAUUGGUCAACAAUCCGUUAUAGAUAGAGUUCAGUGGUAUAUGGAAAAUGCUGACGAGGAUAGUAAGCUUAAUUUUUCUCUGCUUGGAUUGGCGCCAUCCUGGGACUAA